CGUGCGCCCUAGUCAGAGCUGCGUCUCCCGACUCAAGUGUAGGUUGCUGAAGGAGAGUGAGCGAGCGAUGCUACCUCUGCUUCCUCCUGAUUGGCUGACGGUGGCUACUUCUUUGUUCUGAUUGGCAGCGAGUGAACUAGAUGAUGCUGAGUAAGGGUCUCAAGCGAAAGAGGGAGGAGGAGGAGGAGGAGGAGGAGAAGAAGGAAGACCUGGAGGUCGACGCCUGGUGGCUGGAUCCAGGCCACCCAGCAGUGACCCAGACACCCCCUACUGUGGCCUCCAGCUCCCUCUUUGACCUCUCUGUGCUCAAGCUCCACCACAGCCUUCGGCAGAGUGAGCCAGACCUUCGGCAUCUGGUGCUGGUAGUAAACACACUGCGGCGCAUCCAGGCCUCCAUGGCACCCACAGUGACCCUGCCACCUGUGCCCAGCCCACCCAUCGUCCCCAGCGUGGCUGAUAACCUACUGGCCAGCUCUGAUGCCACACUCUCCACCUCCAUAGCCAGCCUCCUAGAGGACCUCAGCCAUAUUGAAGGCUUGAGCCAGGCCCCCCAACCCCUGGCAGAUGAGGGCCCACCAGGCCGCCCAGUUGGGGCGACCCCACCCAGCCUGGGUGCCUUGGACCUGCUUAGCCCAGCCACUGGCUGUCUGCUGGAUGAUGGACUAGAGGGCCUGUUUGAGGACAUUGAUACUUCCAUGUAUGACAGUGAACUUUGGGUGCCAGCCUCUGAGGGCCUCAAGCCUGGCCCUGAGGAUGGGCCGGGCAAGGAGGGGGCUCCCGAGUUGGAUGAGGCUGAGCUGGACUACCUCAUGGAUGUGCUGGUGGGUACACAGGCGCUAGAGCGGCCGCCGGGGCCAGGGCGCUGAGCCCAAGGGGUGGGAUGGUUGUCUGGUGUCUGAACUGGGCCUGGUGGCUGGAUCAACCCUCCUUGGAAAGAUGCAGCUGGCUACCCUCACCCGGAGAAAGGGGCUUAGCCACUUGGGAGAGACAAAAUCCAGUCCUGGGCAACUUCAUGUCUGUCCUCUGGAGGGGCCAUGGAGGAGUGCGGUUGGCCCCUAGUGAAGGAAUAACAGGGCCUGGUGGCUGGAAUGCGACUGGGCCAGGCCCCAGGCUGGACUGAAUUCUCUGGGUCACAGUGUGGGCUGUUCUUUCCUGAUUUGGGAAGAGACCUCAACCUGUUUUUUGAGAUUAAAACCAGCUCUGGAAAA